AAAAGACUUUAGUUCUACGUCGACCUUACAUUGGUCAAGUUCGGUUACAAAUAAUUCUUAUAAUUUAUUUGUUUUUAACUUGUUUUAAACAAAAAAAUAUUUAUUCUCCUUUAAAUUGAUAAAAAAAAAAUUUUGAAUAAAUAUUUUUUUUUCGAAAACUGUAUAAACAAGAAGUGUUGCAUUGUGUGUGUUGGAAAAUAGAAAGUCAAGAAUUUUACUGUGAAUUGUUUGUAUGAAAAUAUAAUUGAAAAUUUAAAUUUUUUCAAAAUUUCUUGUUAAAAAUAAGAAAAAAAUUGUUGUUUUUUUUUUAAACAAAAAGUAUUUUUGGUGCUAAUAUUUUGUUUUUCUUUAACUGGGCAUAUAAUUUUAAUAAAAAUUCAAAAUAUACCAGCAAUUUUUAAUAAAUGACAACAGGUGUUUGGAAUUGAAGCAUAAAAAUAAUAAAUUUGGAUUUUGAAAAAAAGUGCGAAUUGAAAAUUUUGAGCAUAAAAAUUAACAGUAACAACGAAACGUUUUAAAGAAAACAACUUUCUCUGAAUCUACGGACCAUAAAGAAGCAAAAGGAAACUAUUGAAUAAACAAAAAGUCCAGAAAAUAUUCGAAAAAAAAACCGAAAAGAAGGCAGAAUCAACCACUUGCGUAUAUUAACAAACAAGACAUCAUAAUUAUUGGAUAAAUAAAACACUUUCAAACAAAAGCCAUAGAUAUAACAAACUCACAAGAUAUACGUGUGUCGAUCUUAAAGAUACAAAUUCAAAGAAAACAAAAGUUUUCUUAAAAAAGAGCGAGAGAAAAUAAAGCGAACUAGACAUCACAGCCGAAGAAGCACAAUUCAAAUAAAUAACAUGAGUUUUCGAAUUUUAACACCAUUAACGACAAAUAGAAUGUCACGUCUAAUAUUCAUAACUCUGCUAAGUGUAUUGAUUUUAACACCUGAAAGCAUACAGGCUGCCAGAAGAUCACGUUUAGAUUUAACAGCGGCAAAUGUUUCAGCCUCAGAUGUUGCUGCUGCCGCCGCCACCAGUACCAACAGUAAUAAUGAUAGUGAAACUUUAAAAACUGCAUCAGCACCUCAAGUGUCUUUGGAUAAUGCAUCAUCGGCUUUACCUUUAAAAACUGAUCAAUCAUCAUUGGCAUCAGAUACUUCAGCGGGUAGUGGAGAUAAUGCAGCAAUUGUUAAAGAUACGAUUGCUUUACCAGCUGUUGUAGAUACUGGCAAAUCGGCUGCUUCCGAUUUAAUUGCUGAAGAAGAAAAACAACCUGCUGAUGCGGAAUUGCCUAAAGAACAAAAAGAAACACCUACUGCUAGUUUUGAAGAUGUUGAGGUCGUGGAUAGUGCUACACAAUUAGGUGCAUCGGGUAAUGGUGGUUCUUCUUCUCAGUCUCAUGAAGAGUGUGAUUCGGAUAUGAUGGGUUUUGAGAUAGUAACCGGGUAA